UUCAUCCUCGGUGAUAAAACGAACUCGUCCCCAUUUGCCAUCAUUCUGUUUAUUCCCAAAAGCAAAUGAAGAAAAUUCAUUUCAGGUAGAUCGAAUACAUAGACGGAACAAGCGCCUAUGGGAGUUAGAACACACCGACCGUUUCUGCUAGCAAGAGUACCGAUCAUGGAUUUUAAUUCAAGUUUAAUAGGAUACCUGUCAGUCAUGAAGUUUAAAGAAAUAGUGGCCAUCAUUUGCAGCAUAUUCCAAUGCUGCAAGGGGAAAAAAGAAAUUAAAGAACAGAAAAGCCAUGAAGAUGAAGAUGAUGUAAGAGAAGAAGAUGAUGCAAAAAUUUCAGGAGCUGUCAAACGUUUCAAGAUUGAAUACCCGGCAGAAAAUCCUUCUCUGUACCUCAUUGAAAUUUUCAAUGAGGUGGAGGAUUUCUGCAAUAUGAGGGUAAGAAGAGUUUCCCUAGCCGGACAGGAAUGACUCAAGAACAUAAAACAAUUGUGUGAUGCAGAAAAAGAAAUGUAAAAUAUUGAUUGUGGUCUUAAUUAAUAAAUCACAAUUUUUUGGUCAA